AUGUCAGACUCUUAUUCAAUGGUCUUAGUCUAUCGAUAUAUCUGGGACAAGGAGGACCUGACGACAUACCCCUGGAAGAAUCACUAUGUCCAUCAGCCAGAAGUGCUGAAAUAUCUGCAGCAUGUGGUUACUGUUCAACGUGGUCGGCUGAGUGAUGCCCGCGCCCCCAAAACCCUCUGGCUGAAAUUGUAUCUCACCUUCUGUCAUGGGUUCGAGAACGGCAUUCUUGGCUUUCUCAAACUCUUGCGCGAUCUAUCCGACAAUGUCCAGAACGAAGACAGGGAGAAGGUCAUGGACAUCAGGAACACAUUCAACUUCCUGGUCUACAGGAUGUUGGCUUUGCUGGACGAGACUGUCUUGAGUGAUAUUUUUCUUGAAUGCGAAGGAGAUGUGGCCCUAGACAUAUCCGUGACUGGGGUAGUCGCUGGCAAGGCCGAAGAAGACGCGGAGAAGGAACCUGCACAAUCCGCAGGACCGGCCAACAGCGACGGCGACGGAAGCCAGGCGGCCGAGCCUGCUCCGAUGCGGACAGUGCUUCCGAACGGCUCCAACCUCAGCCGCAACAACAGCCGCAACCUUGGCGACAGCAACGGCGACAGCAACGGCGACAGCAACAGUGGCGGCAACGGUGGUGCUGAGUGGGUGGCUGCGGUGGCAGCAAUGUCGUUGGCAAUGGCGGCAGCGCCAACGGCAAUGGCGGCGGCAUUUGGGGUGGCAACGGAGGCAACAGAAAUAGCCACGACGGCAACAGUGGAAUACGCGGCAAAGAAUGACGACAACGACGACGACGACGAUGGCGGCAGCAUGGACAUCAAGGAGAGAAACCCCGUCAUAUCAUCAAAGGCCAGAUCUGACACGGGAGGCCACGCUCUGGAGACCGAUGAUCUCGAGCUCCUCCGGUUUUGUGAGGGAGGUUGGAAUGCCGAAGCUGAUGACGCUCCAUCGGACGGCGGACUGACACCGACUUGUCUAGUCGAGGGCGAUAAAGACUCACCGCCCGCGCGACCUGCCGAGCCCAAAAAGAUGGCCAGACCGCAGCGCAAAGCAACUAAGAACGUUGAGGGGAAAUUCGUAUGCACCCGGGAAGAUUGUGGAGAGAAUAAUAUCAAGGAGUUUGCUCGCAUGUGUGAGUGGAACAACCACAUGGACAAACAUGACCGCCCGUACAAGUGUCUCGAGGACGGGUGCGAGAACCUUCUUGGCUUCACGUACCCCGCUGGACUGACCCGUCACGCAAAAGAAGUACACCGCAACGGCAACACCAAGGGCGGUUUAUUCUUCUGUCCACAUUCAACCUGCAAACGGUAUACGGGCAAGGGAUUUACCCGACGAGAGAACCUCAAGCAACACGUUCAUCGGUGUCAUAAGCAGACUGGAGAAGCGGAAGAGGAAUCAAGCGCCGCGUCGCGCAAGCGCUGGCUGGACGAGGGCGACGGAGACGACGAUGACGACGAAGAGGGGCAGACCAAGAGGCUUAAGAUAGGGGACGAGGGAGAGCUGGAGACGCUCAGCAAGGAGAAUCAACACCUCCGAAGAGCCCCCACGGCGUCCGAAGAACGCAUGGCUGGGCAUGAGAGAGAAGUCAAGGCAUGCACAGAUACGCGAGUCACCAUCCUGAGGAUGUUCGCUGCCCUCGGCAAGCAUGGGGAUAGCAUAGGGUAUGGGCGCGGCAUUAGUCAUGGGUAA